AUGAAGCGAUACCGGCCUCGCGUCGAAGAUUUCACAAUAGGAUGGAUCUGCCCCCUGCCACUUGAGUACGCCUCCGCAAAGUCGAUGUUGGAUGAACUCUAUGACGAGUCGGAAGAACACACCACAGGUCGCAUUUACAACCAUGAAAUCGUCAUUACUUGCUUGCCCGCUGGACAGAUGGGUACGAACGCUGCCGCGGCCGUUACUGCUCGGAUGGUUUCAAGCUUUCCCUCGCUGAAGGUUAGCCUCCUCGUAGGCAUCGCGGGCGGGGUUCCAAGCCAUAAGGCGGAUAUUCGACUGGGUGACGUGGUUAUUGGUCAGCCGGAGAAGAGCUACGGUGGAGUAGUCCAGUACGAUUUUGGAAAAACAAUAAUAGGUGGUUUCCAGCAACGCAUUGGCUCACUUAAUGCACCAUCUCCUACUUUGCUUACGGCCGUCUCAAAGUUUAAAUCGAACCUGAGUGCUUCAAUAAAUAACAUCCAGGAUUAUCUAGACACGGUUGCUCGAGUUAAGAGACCUCAUUCCGUCCCCGAUGUUCUCUUCGAGGCGUCAUACGAUCAUGCUAGAGGGGAAACAUGUAACGCCUGCCGUAAAGAUAUGCUAGUGCGAAGACCCCAGCGGGAAGAUUCGAAUGUCAGAGUUCACUUUGGAACUAUAGGAUCUGGGAACCAGCUAGUCAAGGAUGGAAUGACAAGGGACAAAAUCAGCACCAAACUUGGAGGUGUUCUCUGUUUUGAAAUGGAAGCCGCUGGCGUGGUGAAUUUGCUUCCUUGUUUGGUCGUCAGGGGCAUCAGCGACUAUGCCGACUCGCACAAAAAUAAGGAUUUCCAAUAUUUCGCUGCUUCCACGGCCGCUGCAUGCGCAAGGCAGAUCUUAUUAUACGUCCCUCCACCAUCAAGAGGAGUCUGCGCUCAGAGCGAUACUAUACUAGACUACCAUAGACAACAGCGUCAGACAUCAGCCGCGCUGCAGAAAAUGUAUCUGGAGUCACUGAGAUUCGAGCAAAUAGACAGCCGUCAUCGAACCAUUCGAAUGGCGCACGCCAAAACAUGUCAAUGGUUACUUAGUUGCCAGGAGUAUAAGGAUUGGAUUAACCCAGGAUUAUCCGGGCGACAUCAUGGGAUUUUCUGGAUUAAAGGGAAACCAGGCACUGGAAAAUCAACAAUCAUGAAGUUCGCUUUCAGCAAGACACCUCGACAGGUGAAAGAUACUACGAUCAUCUCCUUCUUUUUUAAUGCCAGAGGGAAUAGCUUAGAGAAAACAGUGGUGGGAAUGUACCGCUCACUACUUUGCCAGCUUCUUGACAAGUUGCCCGAUCUAUGCACAAUGUUUGAUUUGCUGCCAACAAAUCAAUUACACAGUCAAACACCCACAUGGGACAUCGAAACACUGAAAUAUCUAUUUAGCGUUGCCAUUGAGCAGCUUCAUGGACGCUCCCUGAUGUGCUUUGUUGACGCGCUAGACGAGUGCGAUGAGGAUCAAGUGCGAGAUAUGCUGUCCUUCUUCGAGCAGUUAGGAGAAUUCGCAGUAGAUAGACAGCAGCGAUUGCUCGUUUGUUUUUCGAGUCGCCAUUAUCCACAUAUUGCUGUGAACAAUGCGACUGAGCUGGUGCUGGAGGAUCAAGACGGCCAUCAGCAAGACAUAUCAAACUUUGUGCAUUCCGAGCUCAGAGCCGGACGUAGCAAACAGGUUGAGCAAAUCAAAGAGGAAGUCAUCGCUCGUUCAUCUGGCGUAUUCCUUUGGGUUGUUCUCGUCGUACAGACACUCAAUAAGGAGUAUGACCGCGGCCAGGUACACGCGCUGAAAAGAAGAAUGGAACAGAUCCCGGACGGAUUGCAUGAGCUUUUAAAGGACAUAUUAAUACGUGGAAACCAUGAUAUGGAGAACACACUGCUCUGUCUGCAAUGGUUACUAUAUACACAACGGCCUCUAUCUUCCGAGGAGCUCUAUUUCGCUAUCUUAGCUGGAAUUGAGUCCACCGCCUUUCUUGCAGAAUGGACGUCUGCAAAUGUCAACGAAGAAGAUGUAAACAGAUUUAUCCUUGAUUCUUCAAAGGGUCUUGCCGAACUGACCAAAUCCAAAAGUCCCACCGUGCAGUUCAUUCAUGAAUCAGUUAGGGAUUUUCUCCGGGACGAGGGGUUUGCCAAACUGAACGUGGGAAGUGUAUCGCCAGGUCCGAGUCACGAAACGCUCAAGAAUUGUUGCUUGAAUUACGUGAAGAUCGGCCUCUCUUCGGUGCCGCUACCUGGCACAUUGCCACCGGUUAAAUCUUCUAAAGCUAAGCGACUCGUACAGAAGACGUCCAAACUAUACCCAUUUCUUGAAUAUUCUGUACAGUAUGUGUUGUACCAUGCAAAUGCAGCAGCCGAGAAUGGGGUUACGCAGAUGUGUUUCCUGCAAGACUUUCCACUCAGCAGCUGGAUUAUGAAGAACAAUUUAUUUGAAAAGCAUGAGAUACGCCGCUACACUCCAGCUGCGCAGAGGAUGUAUAUCCUGGCAGAGAAGGACUAUGGGAUGCUGCUCGAGACUGAAAUCAAGUUGCAUCACUAUGAGGAUGCAAGAACAGAGCGCUAUGAUUCUCCCCUGGUGGCUGCUAUAAUGCAUAGCUCUAGGGAGGCAGUCAGAACGCUUCUCACUAUGGAAGCAAACACGGAAGACAUAUUGAACCAGAGGAAUUCAAGCAGUAGACCAAUACUUUCAAUGGCUUUGCAAAGGAGCGAUGUUGAGAUGAUCAGGAUAUUGCUAGAUCAUGGUGCUAUUGUUGAUCAGGAAGGCGCAACUGGAAGAACGUCGCUCUCCUACGCAGCAACGUCCGGAAAUGAAGCAAUAGUAAAAUUAUUGCUUGAUAGUGGUGCUAAUGUGGACUCAAAAUGUCCUAAUGGUCGCACACCGCUUUCCUAUGCUGCAAAAUCUGGACAUGGAGGUGUAGUAACAUUACUGCUUGACAGAGGUGCUGAUAUAAACUCAAAAUGUUCUUAUGGUCGCACACCACUCUCUUAUUCUGCAGACUCCUGGCGCAACGAAGCCCUAGCAGUACUGCUUGAUAGGGGUGCUGACCUGGAGUCAAGGGACGUUAAUAACUGCACAGCACUCUCCUGGGCCAUAAGGUUCAGUCAAUAUGAUGUGGUAGAACAACUACUUAACCAAGGAGCCGAGGUGGAGUCGAGAGGCCACCAUGGUUCCACCCCACUCUGUCAAGCAGUUCGACUUCAGCAUCCGUCGGCGGCCAGAUCACUGAUUGGCAAAGGUGCUAAUCUAGAGUCAAGAGAUGACGAUGGUCGUGCGGCACUUUCUUAUGCGGUUGAGUACGGACGUAAGGCGACAGUAAUACUGCUUCUCGACAGCGGUGCUGAUGUAAACUCAAGAGACAAUUUUGGUCGGACGCCACUCUCCUACGCAGCAGAACGUUUGAGUGGCCUGGGGGCAGUGACAAUAGUUGAACUGCUGCUUUGGCAGGGUGCCGAUUAA